CAGCGCUUCGACGGAAAAUCUUCUUCUGCGGUAGUUUACGCUUAGUAGGUAUCCUGUGCUUUCGCCUUCUCUGUCACGGCUCCCUAGCAGAUUGCCGAUUCGCUCUCGCGCCAUGCAUCCCGUUUUGCGGACGCCUGAGCUCAUCGAAGAGAUAUUCAGCUUCCUCCCGCGUUCCUCGCUUUCUGUCUUGGCGAGAACAUGCGGAUCUUUCUUCCAUCCGGCGGCUUGCAGAGUCUGGGGCAGAUGUGAUACGCUCUUACACUUGGUCAUGUGUUUGCCCACUUCCUGCUGGGAGCGUGUAGACUACACUCCCGGAGUGGUAAGCGAUGGUUUGAGCCUGAGAAUUACUCGCCAAAUCGCCGUCGCUGACACUCAACGAUUGCGGAUAUACGCCGCGUUCAUAUCCGAUUUCAGCAUCUUCGGAAUGGAGGUCGCAGUGGCUCCCUCAGACAUCGCACACCUUGCCGGUGUGAUGGACGGGGGUUAUCUCCUGCCCAACCUGCGUCGCUUCUACUACCACGGGCCCCGUCAUCGUUCUCUAUCCGCUAUACUGCCUCUGCUACAUCCUCCGGGGCUUUCUGUUCUCAUGAUAUCUCUCUGGAAGUCAGAAUCGCCUUCGGCAAUGGAUUUAGCAGGCGCUGCGGAAGAGAUCUCAGCCCUGCGCCUGCUCAAGGCGAGAGGCAUCGCCAGCAUAACGUCACUGUCCUUCGCCAUCGACUUCGGAGAUCCACGGGUCCGGCUUACUCCUUGGGCUGAGCUCCUCGCCGGUUGGGAUAGCCUGCGAUUUCUGAGCAUCUCCGAUGAUAUCGACAACGCUGCAUUGCUUUCCAUCGCAAACCUACCUUGCCUCCAUACACUGACACUUCACAACCAGCAUGAACCUGUGCCAUGGAGCGUACCGCCACAGUGGCGCUCAUCGUCGACCAUGCGCUCGCUCAAACUCUCUAAGUCUCUGGUUGCUUCUGCGGUGGCGUUCAUCCACAGCUUCCAAAUGGCUCCUAUCGAAAGUCUAGAUGUCAUAUAUGUCCAAGACGGCGUAGAAAACCCCAUUCGAGCCAUAUGUCGCGCCGUUGGGCAAUCCUGCAACGUACAGUCCCUCACAAGCGUACGUCUGACCCCUCCUGACUACUAUUCUCAAGUCGCCGAAGACGGACCGGUCCACGAUAUCACUGAGUUCGAGCCGCUACUCUCCUUUCGGCGCUUGACGUCGCUGCGGAUCAAAUCGCACAGCGUUUUGUCUCUGCGCGACGAGGAUGUCCUGCGCAUCGCUCGGGCGCUUCCAGACCUGAACACGCUUGAGCUAGGGGGAAACGUGUGGCGCACGCCGAAGUGCACCAUGCUCAGUUUGCUUCAUCUGGCUCGCUACUGCCCGUGCCUCGCGUAUCUCACCCUCGCCGUCGAUGCUAGGGAGACCCGUAUACCCGAGGGCACCCCCACCGACGUUGUACAGCAGUCGCUCAUACUGAUUUAUGUUCAUCAAUCACCCAUAGCUUCUGAAAUGGCUGUCGCGUCGUUCUUGUGGAGAUUCUUUCCGUACUUAAUGGCUGUCAUACCGAAGGGGCGUGCUGGACUGCACGAGGAUCAGGGGGAGCUACGUCGUCGCCAGCUAUGGCGACGGGUCAAUCAAGCACGUAGAUCAGUUCGCCGAGGUAUUCAACAUUGACGCAGGUUAAUGAGAGCGAAACUCGAUCUCGAUUUCCAUGCUCCCAAUACUUCCCUUGAGUGGUGAUACAUAUAUGUGGCGCACACGCCGAGGAGCUGACGGGAAGACGAAAUCGGAAGGUGUCUUUGUUUGGCAGCGACCUUGUGGACUGUUUCCCAUUCCUCAGUAUUUAUCGACCUUGGCCUACGUCUCGCAAUCUGAAAAUGUGGCGGAUGAUUCUGCUCAUGACCGGA